AUGUCAAGAAACGCAAGAAUUCCUCUCUUUCUUUUCACUUCAAUCCUUCUUCUCUUCACCAUUUUCUGGUUUACACUUGUCUCCCAUCUUCCGUCACCAAUUUCUGCAAAAGUUUUUACGUUCUCUAAACACCAGGAACACGACCAUGAUGUCAGUUAUGUCAAGGAUUCUAAAAAUCAAGAGAAUAGCUCUUGGCCAGAGAAUCCAGUGGUUGAUGAAACGGAUGUGGUGGUGAGACUGCUUGCAAAACUUGAAGCUACAGAAGGAAAGGAGUUGGGAAGGAAGUAUCAAAUUGUGGGGUAUCCUACCUUGCAUUUAUUUGUUAAUAGAAUUCCACAGGUUUUCGAUGAAAAUUCAUACUGCGAACAAGCUGUUGAGAUGGGAGCCGUGCAACACGUCCAUAAUGCCAAGGAUUCUGAGAAUCAAGAUAAUAACUCUUGGCCAGAGAAUCCAGUGGUUGAUGAGAAGGAUGUGGUGGUGCUCACAGAGAAGAACUUAAGUGAUUUCAUUGCUACAAAUCAGUACGUGAUGGUGAAUUUUUAUGCAUCCCGGUGCUUUUGGAGUCGCAAGUUAGUUCCUUCAUACUCUGCUGCUGCUACCAUGUUAAAGGGUGACGCUGUGCUUGCAAAAGUUGAAGCUACAGAAAAGUUGGCAAUGAAGUAUGACAUCAAUAGGUCCCCUACUGUGUAUUUAUUUGUUGGUGGAGUUCAAAGGGUUUCCUAUUAUGGUGAAAGAACAAGAGAUGCUAUUGCAACUUGGAUGAGGCAGAAAAUGGGCCUGGUUGUUCCAACUGUAACAACAGCAGAGGAGGCUGAAAGGAUUUUGGGUGCUAGUUCUGUGAUUGUAAUGGGAUUCCUUGAAACUUUAGAGACACUGAGGAGCUUGCCGCUGCCUCGAAGCGGCAUGCUGAUGUCUGAUGUCAAUGUCUAUCAAACUGAUGAUGUUGAAGUUGCGAGGUUGUUUCGCAUUGACCCACAAAUCAAACGACCGGCUUUAGUCCUGCUAAAAUGGGAAGUUGCCAAGCUUAACCGUGUUGGUUUUGAUGAUCAAUUCACCAGAUCACUAAUAUCUGACUUUGUAUCGGAGAAUAAACUUCCUUCGGUGAUCACUUUCACGGCAGAAGAUGCUUCGCGUAUUUUUAGCAAUCCUAUGAAACAGUUGUGGCUUUUUGCCACAAAAUAUUCAUUGGAGCUGCUAUCCGCAUUUGAAGAGGCAGCAAAAGCUUUCGGAGAAAAGCUUCUAUUUGUCUAUGUCGAAACUGAUGAUGAGGUAUUUGGACUUGGAGAAAAAAUUGCUGAUGCAUUUCGAGUGCCUCAAGGUUUUCCAAGAGUUGUAGCUUACGUGGCUAAUGGUGAUGCAAAGUAUAUGUAUGAUGGUGAAUUGAACUUUGCUGGUAUUAAGUCAUUUGCAGAAGAGUUUCUGGAAGAUAAGCUUUCAAUUUAA